UUCGUAAGGCAGAGCUGCCUGUGAAGCUAAGUUACCUCAAGCAACGAACGGUGUAUCCCAGCAAUUUCCACGAUCACCUUCCAACCACAACAACUGAAUUGAUCGCCCACUUGAAGCUUCAUCUACACAACUCUCCUCCAAGCUUCAGAUAUUCGAACUAUGGCGGACAGAUACUCCUUCUCCCUCACGACCUUCUCGCCCACCGGGAAGCUCGUUCAAAUAGAAUAUGCCUUAAACGCAGUCAACCAAGGUGUAACAGCACUGGGAAUCAAAGCAACAAAUGGCAUUGUCCUCGCGACCGAAAAGAAGUCCUCCUCGCCCCUGAUCGAUCCCCCCUCCCUCUCGAAAGUCAGCCUCAUCACCCCCAACAUCGGCAUGGUCUACUCCGGCAUGGGCCCCGACUACCGCGUGCUUGUCGACAAGGCGCGCAAGGUCUCGCACACGAACUACAAGCGCAUCUACAACGAGUACCCACCGACGCGCAUCCUCGUCCAAGACGUCGCGCGCGUCAUGCAGGAGGCGACCCAGUCGGGUGGCGUGCGGCCAUACGGUGUCAGCUUGCUCGUUGCUGGGUGGGACGAGGGUAUCGAGCCGGAUGUGGAGGCGGAUAAUGUGAGCGGUGGCGCUGGAACCGAAGAGCCAAAGCCAAGCGGCAAGACUGGAGGUAUUCUCAAGGGUGGACCUAUGCUGUACCAGGUCGACCCCAGCGGGAGUUACUACCCAUGGAAGGCCACGGCGAUUGGCAAAAGCGCGACGUCUGCGAAGACGUUCCUUGAGAAGAGGUAUACGGAGGGUUUGGAGCUUGAGGACGCGGUGCACAUCGCGCUGCUAACGCUGAAGGAGACGAUUGAGGGAGAGAUGAACGGAGAGACAGUUGAGAUUGGUAUCAUUGGCCCGCCAGCACACCACCUUAUGGGCGUUGAGGGUGUCGAGGGGGCACAGGGCCCACGCUUCCGCAAGCUCAGCCCUCAGGAGAUCGAGGACUACCUGACGAACUUGUGAGGUGGGUUUGCUGCCAUGGCGUCUGGGGAUGGAGGAGCAGGGGUGGGGUGGACUUUGAAUUGGUGACAUUGGUGCACAAUACAAAUGUAUCAUAGAAAUAUCACGAGAGAGCGAGCGAAAUCCACAAAUGAAUUAGACCUGGCUGUUUGGGGGGUUGCUUGACCAGUGGUGUACGGUGUGUAGGAUGCUGUGUGCUUUGAAAUGCGUGUUGGGGCAACAGCAUUCUGCUUAUUCCCCUACUGGUUCAGCUCAUCUUGGUCUUCCGACUGAGAUGCAUCCCAUCUGCUUUACCUCACGAUGCUCUCUUUUUCCUUUUUAGAAUGCGUAUUCUUCAUUAUUCUUUAUCUAGAGACAGCAUGAGAUCAUCGGGCUACUCCAUAGCACUGAGGAAAUUGGCCCAUCCCCACGUUGGUUUUGGCAUUUGCUAACUGUUGUCAUUACAAUCUGUCACCGGCCUGGACUCUCUGUUGUCGCCGUCAUGUUCUGUUGCCGAGCUUCUUUCUCACCACCACAGACUCCUAUUGUCACCGCGUCCACCCCCCGACAGCUAUUAAUGAUAACGCUGCAGCACUAUGCCGCUAUUUUGGAUAAAAUCUGCGUCCUUCCCAUUAUUGAUUGUUGCAUUGUUUUCUAUUUUGUAGGGAUGGAUGCUUUGCUGGUUCGUGGUAUUAUAUUUAUAGUGUGAGGCGGGAUAGAGGCACAUGCUGCGAGGAAACCCG